AUGGACGCCUCCCCGAACAAGAAACUUCGAGAACCCUCGCAAUUGGACCGACUUAAGCAAUUUACAACAGUGGUGGCUGAUACGGGUGACUUCGGGCAAAUCAACAAAUUUAAGCCGCAGGAUGCCACCACCAAUCCCUCGUUAUUGUACAAGGCUGCUCAAAUGGAGCAGUACUCGGCCCUCGUGGAUGAUGCCGUCGCAUACGGUAAGGGAUUAUCGGCUGAUCUAACGGAGAAGGAGCGCUUAGGCUACGUGAUCGACAAGCUAUCGGUGAACUUUGGCUUGGAAAUUCUUAAGGUCGUACCUGGCUACGUCUCAACCGAAGUGGACGCCCGCCUCAGUUUCGAUACGAAGAACACGAUUGCUCGUGCUCACCGCAUUAUCGAGCUUUAUGAGAAGGCUGGCAUCCAAAAAGAUCGUAUUCUUAUCAAAAUUGCCUCAACUUGGGAAGGCAUCCAGGCUUGCAAACACCUGCAGAAGGAGGGCAUUUCCUGCAACAUGACGUUGCUUUUUGGUUUUGCCCAAGCUGUGGGGUGUGCUGAAGCUGGUGCCACCCUCAUUUCGCCCUUUGUGGGCCGCAUUCUCGACUGGCAUAAGGCCAAGAUUGGAAAGUCAAGCUACGAGCCGCAUGAGGACCCUGGAGUCGUCUCCGUGACCAGCAUUUACCAGUACUAUAAGAAGUACAACUACCAGACUAUUGUCAUGGGAGCCAGCUUUCGUAAUACCGGUGAGAUCACCGAGCUGGCCGGAUGUGAUCGCUUGACCAUAUCCCCUGCACUCUUGGAGGAGCUGGCGGAGUCCACGGAGGCGUUGACAAAGAAACUUGAUCCUGAGACUGCUGCGAAGGCAUGCUCAAUUGAAAAACUUUCAUUUGACGAGAAAGAAUUUCGUUUGAGUAUGAAUGAGGAUGCCAUGGCUACGGAGAAACUUGCUGAGGGCAUUCGCGGAUUCAGCGCUGACAUUGUGAAGCUCGAGCAAAUUCUAAAAACCAAGCUAAGAGUAUGA